CUGCAACUCGUCUUCCGAAGGCUAGGGCAUCGAGUGUGUUUCACUCCACUGAUCAGCAGCUCAAUUUCGCAGGAUUCUCUCUCGAUUUUCGCUAAUUCAGAUUGGAAUCGUUGAAAAACCUCCCGGAUUGUCAAGGGGAGGGGUUUGAGGAUGGAUGGCGGCGAUGCUAGCGUUGCAGGAAACCGCGAUGGCGGUGGUUCGGACAGCGAAAACAACGCCGAGGCGGGCGGUUGUAGCGGGACUCAAGUGGCCGUGUUUAUCCGAUCCUCAAACGGCUCCAAGUUCGUGGUGGAGGCGUCUCUCGGCAUCACCGUCGGAUCCUUCAAGUCCUUACUAGCUCAGCAGUGCGACAUCCCCCCCGAGCAGCAGCGGUUGAUCUACAAAGGCCGGAUCCUGAAGGACGAGCAAACCUUAGAAAGCUAUGGUUUGGCGGCCACUCACACUAUUCAUUUGGUUCGUGGCUUUGCUCCAGCUGCCUCUACAAAUACCUCUACAAAUACUGCAAGUGCAGGUAAUCCUGCUGCUCCAAGUCCUAACCAAAAUGCACCAAGGGAUACUGGCCCAGAUGUGAAUGUAGGUGGAACAUUUGAUGGAUCAGGUUUAGGAGCUUCAUUGUUUCCUGGGCUUAAUGUGAACAGACCUGGAAGUGGUGCAGGGUUAUUUGGAGCUGGACUUCCAGAUUUUGAUCAGUUUCAGCAGCACAUGAGUCAGAAUCCCAACAUGAUGAGAGAUAUAUUGAACAUGCCUCUUUUUCAGAAUCUAAUGAAUAACCCAGAAAUUAUCCGCAACUCAAUCUUAAACAAUCCUCAGAUGCGAGAUAUUAUGGAUCGCAAUCCAGAGCUUGCACACAUACUAAAUGAUCCUGCUACUCUUCGCCAGACAAUGGAGGCUGCAAGAAACCCUGAACUCAUGCGUGAGUUGAUGCGUAAUACUGACAGGGCUAUGAGUAAUAUUGAAUCUUCACCAGAGGGAUUUAACAUGCUGAGGCGCAUGUAUGAAACAGUCCAAGAGCCAUUCCUGAAUGCGACCACCAUGUCUGGAGAUAUGAGAAGUGAUACGGGGUCAAACCCUUUUGCUGCACUUCUUGGAGGCCAAGGUGUGGGUCAAGGCCGGGAUCAACUGAAUAAUCCUCCAACUACUGGUUCUGAAACAUCUCCCACAUCUCCUGCUCCUAAUACUAAUCCACUUCCUAAUCCUUGGGCAUCUGCUGGGACUGCAGGCACACAAACAAAUACCACUGCUAGGUCUAACCCUGCUGGGGAUGCUAGGGCAGCACCGCAAGGUCGCUUAGGUCGACGUGGCUUACCUGAUCUGCUCAGUGGCAUGCCUGAUGCCAACACAGUAAAUCAGUUAAUGCAGAAUCCAGUUAUCUCGCAGAUGAUGCAAUCUGUUCUCUCCAAUCCUCAGUACAUGAACCAGAUUCUUGGCCUUAACCCGCAAUUACGCAGCAUGCUUGAUUCCAAUCCUCAACUUCGAGAGAUGAUGCAAAACCCUGAUUUGCUUCGUCAAUUGACUUCCCCUGAGACAAUGCAGCAACUCAUGAAUUUUCAGCAAUCACUCAGUUCACAACUUGGUAGAAAUCGGACUAGUCGAGAUCCAGGUCAAAAUGGUGGAGCAGCAGGGUCGCCCGACAAUACAGGAUUAGAAAUGCUGAUGAAUAUGUUUGGUGGACUUGGAACAGGGGGUUUUGGAGUUCCCAACCAACCCAAUGUGCCACCUGAGGAACUAUACGCCACUCAGCUUACACAGCUUCAGGAAAUGGGUUUCUUUGAUACACAAGAAAACAUAAGGGCACUGAUAGCCACUGCUGGGAAUGUCCAUGCUGCUGUGGAACGUCUUCUAGGAAACCCCGGUCAGUAGAAUUCUAUUCGAUGUUACUAUAUAGCUUCUGUUGGGGAUUCGAUGUUUACUAUAUAGCUUCUGUUGGGGACAAGAUGGAAACCGGCCAACUUGGACAAACCUGCAUCAAAUCUUUGUUUGGAAAUAAUUGGAUUAGAGUGAUUUUUUAAACUCUUUGGCCUGUCCCCAUUCUCUAUCUACAUAUAGACCAAACAAACAGGAAAAAGAACAAAUUCUGGAGUUCCUUGUACAUACAAUGUUAAGAUUUGUCAGCUUAAGUGUUGGUAAUAAACGUUUGGUUCUCCAAGGUUUCUUGUAUGAUGAUGUACCAUAUCCAAGUUCUUCUGCAAUGUUGCAUACAUUUUAUGUAUAUUUCAAAUCCCUCUGAAAGAAGUUGUAGUUUCGAAUUCCCAAA